AUCAUGAAGCAGAAACAUUUGCUCCUGUAUUUCACUAGUUUAGUUCCAGUUGCUGUCUCAAUCAUGGGAAAUGUCUCUCACAAGUAUGACCUGAUCAUGACGCUGCGGUCAUGGGCUGAUGCACAGAAUUACUGCAGGGUGAUGUAUACUGACUUGGCAACAGUCCUAAGUGAUACUGAUUGGUCAAGGUUGAAGAAAGAAGCAGCAAGCAAAGGUCUGGCAACAUCUGCCUGGGUUGGAUUGUAUGAUGAUCAUACUAGCUGGCGCUGGUCCUUAAAUGAUCUUCUACUGAAAGAUCUCACUUAUACCAACUGGGCCUCUGGACAGCCUAAUAAUGCUCUUGGGAUAGAAUCAUGUGUUAUGUUGGUUGGAUAUGGUUUAUGGAUGGAUACAUCAUGUCAAUUUCUCAGAGUUUUCAUAUGCUACGAUGCGAAGUUCAGUGGUGCUGACAAGUUCAUUGCCAUCAACAGUCUAGUGACCUGGCCUGAAGCUCAGGCUUACUGCAGAACACAUCACACAGACUUGGCCAGUUCUCUUAACAGCUCAGACAACAACAUAUUAAGGCAGCUGAGGGAUAGCCAGAGUGAUUCCUGGAUUGGCCUAUACAGACACACUUGGAAGUGUUGUGUGUGA